AUGUUUGUCAAGGAGUUGGAUACUAAUUGCUAUCUCUUUCAAUUUUAUCAUGAGAUUGACAUCCAAAGUAUGACGAAUCGCAGCCCUUGGACUUUUAAUAGGUUCUUGUUAAUCUUCAAAAGGUUGCAGCGGGGGAAGGAACCAAGAUUGGUUACCUUGAAUGAAGUUGAUAUGUGGGUGCAAUUGCAUGAUCUUAGAUCGGAGUUUAAAACUGCUACGAUUAUUAAGGAUGUCGCAAACUAUAUUGGGAAGUUUGUUCAAUCUGAUGAAAGGAAUUUCAUGGGCUUAUGGCGGGAUUAUCUUCGUGUUCGUGUGACUUUGAAUGUUAUGAAGCCAUUAAAGAGACGUAUGAAACUUCGCAAUACUGCUGAGAUCGAGUUCUUGACUAACUUUAAGUAUGAACAUCUUCCCACUUUCUGCUUUAUUUGUGGAAUUAUGGGGCAUUCCGAAAGCUUUUGUCUACGGCGUUUCGAGGUUGGAGAGGAUCAGAUAAUCAAGUCGUACGGGAAAUGGAUGUGA